AUAUUUAGAGGGUCCGUAAUGGUUUUGUUGAUCUUUUUUAUGAGUAUAGGAGUGAUUCUUCUGAUUCUAUGAGUAGCAUUGCACUUGUUUCUGAAAAUAGUAGCUCAAGUGGUAGUCAGUUGCUUGUCGGUUCUUCGAAACAAGAAAGUUUGGCUGCUUUUCAUGCGUGGUAUGCCCAAGAACGUGCUUCUAACAUUCAUGCCUAUCAAAAAUCAGAGGUGGAGCAAUACUUGGAGGAGUUGGUGUUUCCAAGUAAUGAGAGCUUCAAUAUUCUACAUUGGUGGAAAGUGAAUAAAGCAAAAUUUCCUACUUUGGCAAGGAUAGCUCGUGAUGUUUUAAGUGUUCCUGCUACUACGGUUGCAUUAGAGGCGGCGUUUAGUGUAGGAGGUAGGGUGAUUGAUGAGACACGUGCUUCAUUACUUCCAGAUAUUGUGGAGGCCUUGAUCACUUGCCAUGAUUGGAUUGAAUCAACCAAAAAUAGAAAUGUAGAAGAAUGCAGACAUGAGUAGAUGGAUUGAAUUGAAUCGAAUCACUUGAAGUAGAUGGGUAAAUAUGGUUCAGAUUAUGGGGCUUGUCCCAUGCCUUUAUAGUGAUCUAUGAAAUUCGUAUCUGACAUAAUUUGAUAAUCUGUUUGCAUAUUAAGGUAAUA